CAAAAAUAAAAAUCAGUCUGCCACAGUCUCUGUUUCUCUCUCUAAACACCAAAUCUGAAUGAAUGGCAGACUACGAGCAGCAACAGCAGCAGCAGCAGCAGCACAUGAUCCCGAAAGAAACGGCCCUCCAAGCCCUCAACACCAUAAUCCAGCUCCACUUCGAGAAAACCCUGGAGAAGAAGCGGGCCGUGGAUCUCCAGAAGAAGGAGCUGUGGAAGCUGUUCCACCUCUUCUUCCUGUUCCUGGGCCUGGUGUUCGCGGCCCAGGCCCAGGCCUCCCCGCGCCUCCAGUGCCGCCACUGCUGGGUCCCCAUCGGCCUCCUCUCCCUGGCCCACCUCAUCUUCUACGUCUCCGUCGCCCAGACGCUCCGCUGCAUCAACGGCUUCAAGUACCAGCGCCGCUGCCACAAGCUCACCCUCGGCGUCGCCACCGAUCGCCUCCGCCGGCUCAAGGAGGCCGGCGCGGUGGAUGAGAUUGAGGAGCUGGAGAUCCACUACCAGGAGCCGCCGGAGAGCUAUUUUGGUAAGUUUAAGAGGAACUGGGCGCUGCAUUUCGGCUUCUUGAUCUUCAUUUAUGGAUUUAUGGUUUCCUCUUCCGUUGUAAUGCUCUGUUAUUAGGAUUCGGAUUCGGAUUCCAUUUCAUUUGGGGAUCUUUCUUCCUGCUCUACUACUCUUUGCUAAUUUGAUUA